CAUUGAUUAAUUGAUUUCUCUAUUUACUUCGGUGAAUUGACUUCAACAAGCUGGGGGCUCUCUUAAGAACCAGCUGGCGUCACCUCAGUAGUCACCAAUAUGCCAGACAGUUAGCAUUUCGUCUAAAACCUCAUUCUUUCGUGCAUGAGGGCUACAUAAAACGCCGACAGUCUUGACGGGCAACACUACGUCUUGUGAUGUGAUGUGCAAUUGCAGAAUGAAGUGGUGUCGCCGACAGCUAUGCGGAAUACACAAAUCAAGACGAAAUCGGCUACGAUUUGCCAGCGUUGUCGUUGUUGGACUGCUGGCCCUGGUUGUCGUAAUCCGUCCAAAGAACCCGUCAAAAGCUCGAUUUACCCGGUUGAGUAAAAUGGUGAUUAAUCAGCACAGACUGCUGUUCAAAGAGCUGAAGACAAAAGAAAAGAUCCAGACAUCUCCUGAUCCAGCUGUAUACAGAAAACGCCAAGAACAGGUCCGACGCGUCUGUGAAUCCCGUAACACAUCCAGCUCAUCUUUGUCAAUGACAACGUUCAUGCACAGAUCCUGGUUCGCGGAGGAAUACAAACUCCUGUACUGUUUAGUUCCCAAAGUCGGAUGCACAUUUUGGAAACGAACCUUGCAAGUGUUGCGGCUACACGCUAUUGGGCUGAAAACACCGUUCAAGUUGUUGUAUGAACAGUGUUCUAGCGGAAGACGUGUUGCGAUAAAAAACAUCAUGGAAGCUGCUGGUGGAAGCAGUGACCUGACAAGCAUAAUCUCCGAAAGAUAUACAAAGUUCAUGUUUACCAGAGAUCCAUUUGAAAGAUUAUUUUCAGCCUACAUUGAUAAAUUCUUGACGCCGAAUUUGUCAUUCUGGAAUCUUGGGAGAAUCAUUGUUGAUGACAUCCGCCGUGCUCCAAUGAAAAACUAUUGGUACGGACACGAUGUCACAUUUUCAGAAUUUAUUGAGUACGUUUUAACAACGGAGGACAAAUACCUUGAUAGUCAUUUUAAACCCAUUUCCUGUAUAUGUGACGUUUGUAAUGUCAAAUAUAACGUCAUUGGGAAGAUGGAGACGUUCAAAACGGAUGUGUUCCACAUCAUCAGCAAAGUAAAUGCAUCGGACUGGCUGGUUUUUAAAGAUUUCAAAAAAGAGGCAACGAUUGAUACAAUUCUGGAUAUAGCUGGGAAGGCUUUUCAGUACAAAGAAGAUCUGGAGAGAUAUAUGCCAUUUCAUGACAUUUUGCGAAGAGUAUGGAGGCGAUUUAAAAUUGCAAAUAUCUUGGAUUUGAAAGAACGGUUUCCUCUUUCCGAACAGCAGAGCAGAACAAUAGCUAUGGAGGAUUUCGCAGAUGUGGUUGUGACAUUGUACAAAACGUCCGAGAAACGCGACAGAGGGAGUAGGACUGCCGCGUAUAUUCAGGCAUAUCGGCAGUUAACCAAGUCCUCACUAGACAAGCUGAGGAAUCUGUUUAGCCUCGAUUUCGAUCUGUUUGGCUAUGACAUGGCAGGACCUCAUCUUGACGCCAUGGAGAAAGAGGUGAAGGAUAGGUCUGCUUUAGAUUAUGAUUAUUAUGACAUCUUGAGGUGAAACGUUUCUAAUACAAAUGACGGAUUAAUACAUCGCCUAUCAGAGAGUAAAGAAAUAGGAGAAAAUAAUAAUAAGGUUGCUUAUAUAGCGCUUAAUUACAUACACAUGUAUGCUCAAAGCGCGACAGGGAGAGUGUAAAGUACAUGUCAGAGAAGCACAGAUGGAACACAAAGUGCUAGUUGAAUAAGGACGUCUUGAGCUGACGUUUGAAUUGGGUCACUGAUGGUAAAGUCUUCACCUCAACUGGAAGAGCGUUCCAGCUUGACACAAAGUGCUAGUUGAAUAAGGACGUCUUGAGCUGACGUUUGAAUUGGGUCAAUGAUGGUAAAGUCUUCAACUCAAGUGCAAGAGCGUUCCAGAGUUGUGCCGAUACCUUAGAGAAUGACCGACAUCGAACAUUUUAGUUUUGUUCGCGGAAUGACAAGAUUGUGUUGCAAACAUGAUCUGAGGCUUCUGGCUGACCAAUUCGCAAAGAUAGCUUGGUGCUGUUCGACUGACACAUUGGUAGGUGAGUGUCAAGACUUUGAACUGGAUUCUCGUCUGGACUGGGAGCGAGUGCAGGGACUUAAGAAUCGGUUUGAUGUGGUAGUGCUUUGAUAAUCUGGUUACAAUCCUGGCAGCUGUAUGCUGGAGCCUCUGUAGGCGAUGUAUCUGCUCUGAAGAUGCUCCUGCAAGAACACUAUUGCAGGAGUCGAGCCUGGAGAGGAUGAAUGAUCUCAUUAGUCCUGCUGCAGAUGAAUCACUAAGAAGGCUGCGGAUGCUGCUGAUGUUUCUCAUGUAGUUUCACUUAGUGUUUCACAAUGCCCAAAGGCCGUCACAGGUCUAUGUUAAGUGUAGGACUUACGAUAGUUAUAGUGACAGGGCUACUAAGACAGCUAUAUUGAAUGGACCCUGGACCCGUUAUACAAAACAAUCUUAGCACUAAGACGAUCAUAUCUUCUUCAAACAUAGCCGUAAUGAAAGGGCUCAGAGACUAAGACGGGUCUCAGGAAUAUAGGUCAACAACCAACGGAUCCUGGCUGCUCAGGGGGAACAACUCUCGCAGCCAGCUGCGACAACUGCGACUGCAUUGGACAUAUGAAAUACAAAUGCUUGAUACACUUCCAAGCUUUAUUUCAACAUUUUAGUAUUCAUAGAAAAUUGAAUAGAAUACAACGGGAAUGACAUUAAAACAGUCACAGCACAUAGUCAUAAUCAAAAUUACCGUGUAAAUGAAACAAAUUAUGUAAAUAAAUACUAAUGAUAGAAUUAAGGUAUCGCUAUUCAUUUUCAGAUAGUUCCUUUAACAGUUAACAUGGCGUUGUUCAUGUGUGCUUUGAUCUAAAGAACUGACUUGAACGCUGACAACAUGUUUGAGGGCCACAUGAUAAAAUUGAGUAAGAUAUUUUUCCUGUUGUAGAAAUCUUUCAAAGCGGGAGCCAAUCAUAAGGCCAUCCAUGUUCUUUUAUGUCUCUUGUCACCUACUUCAACCAGUAAGACAGCCAGGCUGGGUGAAUAAAGUCUCUUUCAUAUAUUGUUUCAGAUAUUUUAUCAAAAUUCUCGGAUUUAGAACACUGGG